UUUAUAGUGAAACUGAAUUGAAAGCCGGCCGGGUGCGCUUGAAUGGCCAGCCGCGCCUUAUUUUGUCAGAUCGAUUUCAGAGCUCAACAUGUGAGGACGUCUGGCGUUAAUUGCAUUCAACGUGAAGAUUAUAUCUGUAUAUAAUUCUAGUUCUACGUCUGCUUCUGUAUUGCAUAAACUUAUGCAUUUUAAGUUACCAGAGGCAUUAAAAUGAGUGGACCCAGUGAAGAAUCAUUAUCAGUGGUCUUAGUCUCUCUUGAGCUGGAUGGUCUCCAGGAUUAACCCGCUAAAAAGCUGCAAAGAUUGAAAGAAAACUAGGAAUUUUUGUUCAUCAGAAAAUACUACCAUCACAAUCCAAUUCCAUCAUGCCCUCAAUAUCGACCCGUUUCGCCAAACUGUCAACGUCUGUGUCCUCAGCGGUGAGACGGAAGGUGGAUUGUUGGAGGAGGGGCGAAGUUAAGAGGGUGGUUAUAUUUGACAAAGAUGGCACACUCAUUAACAUCCACACGCAAUGGGCACCAUGGAUCAGGAAUGUUGUAGCAAGCAUUGAAGCCAAGACAGAUUUGACCAUCUCUACCCAAGCUUUCUCGGAACUGUCCUUUGACGAUGAAACCGGGAAAGUCCUGCCUGGUAUCCUUGGCGAGGGAACCAUGGAGAUGAUUAAAGACUGCCUGUCCUCUAUACUACAGAAAGAGGGCGCUAUUUCUCGCAGCGAGGCCGACCAGGUCGUUGACGCAUGCCUGGAGGAAUGUAGCUCCCUCAAGUCCGGAGUGAUCCAACCAAUUGGAGACGUGGGUGAACUUUUCCGCAGACUCAAACGAAGAGGCUAUCAAAUUGCCAUCAACACGUCAGACAGCCGUGAGGUCACGCUGAGAACUCUGCACCUGCUCGGUGUCUCGCAACUCGUCGACGCUGUGGUAUGCGGGGACGAUGAUUGGAUGAUUGUCAAACCCCAUCCGGUGUCGGCUUUCACCAUCUGCGCUGGACUCGGUGUGCAGCCCAAGAACGCUGUCAUGAUUGGGGACUCGCCAUGUGAUGUUCAGCUCGGAACUAAUGCAAAACUUGGCUGUGCAAUAGGCGUGCUGACUGGUAUAGCUCCAAGAAAAGCCCUGGAAGCCGAUGGUCAUCUUGUGGUUCAGGAUGUUAUAGAAGCUGUCGAUUUGAUCCUGUCAAACACAGAUCUAAAACAGACUUCAAAAUCAGCCAGUACUCCAUGCACCCAGCAAUGCCCAGUGGUUUUGCCCCAAACACUGCAAUGUUAAAACACAUUUUAUUGUGUAUAAUAGAGUUGGUUGAUUUUUUUUUCAACCUGAUAGUCUGUGUAUAAUUUAAAUGUCUUGUGUUAUUUCUUGUUUAUUUUAAAAUUGGCUGAAGUGUUUUUGUUGUGUGUGAAAAUACUAACCCAAAUUACCCUGAAAUGUUUUUUAAAUCCAAAACUUGGUUUUGCAUUUUUGAAGGAAUUAGAUGAAUGCCUUGUCAUUUUUACUGGAAGGAUGCAAGUCCUGCAAUCACCGGAGUUUAGUUUUUUUUCAAAUUGUAAAUAACAUAGUGGCACCUUACAUGUUUCUAGCCAAACUACCCAGGAUUUAUUUUUAAGAGUAAUGUUAUGUGUGUACAAUAUAUUUAAAUUUUAGUAAUGAAUACAAGAGUUUAUAUGACAGUUGAACGUUUUUAAAAGAUAUCUGGUGGAAGAAUUUCGUCAAGACUUAUAUUUAUUGAUGGUUGUAUUAUAUGGUAAUGUAUUUUAGUACUGUGUGUAAAUUUGGGCUGUUUUUGGAUGGCCAUUUCAAAGGGAGAUAUAUAAAUGUGUGUGUUAGGGUGGCUGACAAGAUGAGAAUGGGUCUCAAAAAUCUUCAAGGAUUGACGGUCAAAACAAACUUACAACACGGGAAUUUGUCACUAAUUGAAAGGCUACUUUCAAAUAUGUUUAUCACCUACAGGCAAUAAAUGCAUACAAUUAGUUCUCGCAUUUUUAAUCCACAAUAUUAUAUUUAUAUAGAUCUAUACAAACAUGUACAUGUACCUGUAACAUGCAAACUAGACAUCUAGCAAAAAAAAGCAGCCACCCUGUGUAUUGGCUGAAUCUGUACUGGUUUUAACAAGAGUUUAAAGUUAAAUAUAUAUUUUUCUGCAUUGUUGGGUUUGUGAAAUUUAAAAAAAAAUAGUUGUGUGUUAAGCUUACUGUAUCAGUGAGUCUCAUGUAAAAUACAAUAUGGCAAUUUGAAUGCAAAAAAA